AUGGGUUCAUUUACGCCAGAGAAUGAGGUCACCUGGCCCACAUUCGACGAGCUGCCGUUGGAUCCCAAGGGCCCUCGGGGGAAUGCUUGGGGUCUUUUUGGCAAAAAUGACCAACUGGGACGCCUGAACCUCUUAACGCCCGAGACGGUGAAGGAGGCCUGUCAGGAGAUCCAAGAAGGUGUUCGGGUCUCUUUAGAUUGGUCUCUAAAUCUCCCCACCAACCCAAGUUUCGCGCGUAAGCCAAUGAAGCGUGGCAUGAAUAGCAUAGUCCAUCGGUCUGUCAAUGAUGAAACUGUCACCUUCGACACCCAAGGAAGUACGCAAUGGGAUGGUUUCAGGCAUUUCGGAUACAUCGAUGAAUGCCGGUACUACAAUGGGCAUGUCCAAGAGGAGCUGGAAACAACCAACAUUCUGGGCAUUCAAGCGUGGGUUGAAAAGGGGGGAAUUGUUGGUCGCGGCGUAUUGCUUGAUUAUGCGGCGUGGGCCGACCGCCAAGGUAGAGCCUAUGACCCAAUGACCUCCAUCGGUAUUCCCGUUGAAGAUAUUAUAGCAGUUGCCAGAGAAUCAGAUAUUAGCUUCCGGCCGGGAGAUAUUUUAUUCGUCCGUACCGGCUAUACCAGAGCAUAUGAGGAACUUUCCCCAGUCGAGGAGAAGAAGAUAGCUCAACGAGAGAUCCCCCAGUAUAUUGGCCUCGAGGCUUCGAAAGAAGUUCUUCGUUGGCUAUGGGACAACAAAUUCGCGGCUGUAGCGGGGGACCAGCCUGCUUUUGAGCAGUGCCCUCUUGGGGCCAAGAGUGAUGGCCUUUACAUGCUCCAUCAAUGGUGCAUCGGGGGAUGGGGCAUGCCGCUCGGAGAAAUGUUUUAUCUUGAAGAACUCGCGCAAGUUUGCCAACGCCUGAAUCGCUACACAUUCUUCGUGUCUAGCAUUCCAUUAAAGAUACCUGGUGGGAUUGCAAGUCCACCUAACGCCGUGGCGAUCUUCUAA